AACAGAGUGGCGAGUUCAUGUCAAAGCAGUUCAUUCAUGGAAGCAACAAUCAAAGUUUGGUGGGGAAUCCUUAGAAAUGAUACUUGCUGACGAAACUGGUGCUAAGAUACAUGCUUCUUGCAAACAUGGCUUUCUUGCUAAAGUUCAACGAGAUCUUCCUAUUAACGAGUGGAGGGUUAUUGAUACUUUCAAUGUAUCUCCUGCAAGAGGGCAUUACAGAACAACAGCUCACGCAUACAGAAUUGCUAUAACCAAAGACACAUCAAUCGCCUCCUCAGAUGUGAAAAUAGAAACUCCGUUUCUAUCUCUGGCCUCUUUUACAUCUAUCAACAAUGGAGAUCUUGAUCCUGAUUUUCUGAUUGAUGUAUUUGGACAAGUUGUUGAUAUUGGUGAUAUGCUGACCGUUCAAGUGAGUGGUGAAGAAAGGCAAAAAUGUGAAUUCUACUUAAGAGACACAAGGUAGAUUUUAAAUAA